AUGAAAGCUUCUAGCAUGUGUUCAAAUCAAAUAAAUCAACUUGCCGGGUUUAUUCUCGACCUCCACCUGAGUAUAUUUGUACUUCUAAUGUUACAGUAUAGUAGUGAGACUUUUUUGAACAGGGUCGUGGAGGGGUGGAGUGGAGCGAAAGGGCCUGAGAACCCCACGUGUAAAGUCAUAAAACGGAGUACAAGAAGUCGAAGAAAUUCCCCAGAGUCCUGGACCGUCAGCUUCAGCUUCUUCUUCGCCAGCUCUUUCUGCUCUUUCUCCUGCUUCGCCAUGCUUCUCUCCUCUCUUGUCCUUUCAGCUCUCUCUCUGGUGUCUGUGACAGCUCAGAACGUUGUCCAGGCCACUCAGGACACCUGGGACCUGAUCAACUACGCCGAGCAUCUUUCAAGCCUUGCAAUCUGCGGUGAGCCGUAUGGUGUUAUCUACAAACCGUUCCAGUGUGCCGGUAGAUGCUCCGACUUCCCCGACAUGGAGCUCAUCACCCAAUUCACCCCCCAGGAUCCGUUGGAUUUUUCAGUAUCGGGUUUUCUGGCAGUAGACCACAAGCGAAAGGUCUUCUGGCAUGUGUUCCGGGGCACGGCUACGCUCAACAACGGCCUCACUGACCUAAGAAUUAAGCGACAGCCCCUAACAUCCUGGAACACGGCUAAGAUGGACUGUCCUGAUUGCCAAGUGCACGUUGGCUUUCUACAGGCCUACAAUCUGGCCUAUAGUGAGGCAAAGGGCGCUAUGGACGACACGUUCGCCAAGUAUCCUGACUAUCAGGUCAUUGUCACUGGCCACUCUCUCGGGGGAGCAGCUACUUUCCUGCACGGAAUCAACCUCAAGACCUCUGGAUACGACCCUCUGGUUAUCACGUCUGGUCAGCCACUCACCGGUAACAAGGCUCUGGCUGAUUACAACGACAAGCUCUUCUUUGGAGACAACCCCGAUUUUACUCACCAGGGUCCUGACCGACGAUUCUACCGAGUCACCCACAAGGAAGACAUUGUGCCUCGAAUCCCCUUCUGGACCCCCUAUCACCAGAGCGGAGGCGAGGUGUACAUUGACUUCCCCGGAAUCAACCCUCCUGUCAACACCCUCAAGGUCUGUGACGGCCAGCAGAAUCCUCUGUGUUCCUUCUCCACCUCACUCGCCUCCACUGCCACCCAGGGUAUCGUCGAGGCCGCCCAUCUCAUUUACUUUACCUUCUUUUUCCUCUGUAGUACCCUUCUCUACCCUCCUCUCAACUCCGAUCUUCCUGUCGGAGUUUGGGGUAAGCCUUUGAACGGCACCAUUUGA